CUCCCCUCCGCCCCGCUCCGCCAGCCCCGCUGCUCCGCUCCGCUCCCCUCCGCCCCGCUCCGCCAGCCCCGCCGCGCCAUGCAGACCUUCCUGAAGUGGCUGCUGGGGAUCCUGGGGGUCGCCGUCGUCGUCACGGUCAUCGCCGUGCCCCUGGCUCUGCUCACCGGCGAAAGUACCUCUGAGCCUGAUUCACGAAGAACAUACACUCUACAGAAUUACUUGAACAAUGACUAUAAGCCCAGGACACAUAAUUUGCAGUGGAUUUCAGGAAAUCAGUAUCUUCACAAAACAGCUGAUGGGAACAUCCUACGUAUCAAUGCUGACACCGGAACAUCCUCAGUAAUCUUGUCAAAUACAACAUUAGCUGAAUACAAGGCAACCACAGUUACAUUGUCUCCUGAUCAAAUGUUUGCUCUUCUGCAGUACAACUAUACAAAGUUGUGGAGGCAUUCCUAUACAGCUUCAUAUCACAUCUAUGAUUUCAAUAGCAGUUCUAUCUUAGAUGGCAAACUACUACCUAAUGAUAUACAAUAUAUAUCCUGGUCACCUGUUGGUCACAAACUGGCGUAUGUUUGGAAUAACAAUGUUUAUAUAAAAGCUUCACCAACAGCAGAACCUGUGCAAAUCACUGAAAAUGGAGUAGAAAAUAAAAUUUUCAAUGGAAUACCAGAUUGGGUUUAUGAAGAGGAAAUGUUUGGCACCCAUUCUGCUCUCUGGUGGUCUCCAAAUGGCAAUUUUGUGGCAUAUGCAGCAUUUAAUGAUACAGAAGUUCCUGUUAUAGAGUAUUCCUUUUAUUCUGAGGACACCUUGCAGUAUCCAAAGACCAUUAGAAUCCCGUAUCCCAAGGCAGGAGCUAAAAAUCCAACUGUGCAGCUCUUUAUUGUGGAUACCAAAUUGCUUCCUCAUUUCCGCUCUGCUGAAAUUUCUCCACCUGCAGAAAUAAAAUCAGGGGAUCAUUAUUUGAGUGUUGUAACAUGGGUGACAGAUGAAAGGAUCUGUCUGCAAUGGCUCAGAAGAAUUCAGAAUUUUUCAGUCCUCACAGUCUGUGACUUUGAAAGUGCUACUGAAAAUUGGUCAUGUCCACAGGAAAAACAACAUACCGAAGAAAGUACAACUGGCUGGAUUGGCAGAUUUCAGCCAUCUGUCCCUCACUUUGCACCCGACAAUGCUACCUACUACAAAGUCUUCAGCAAUACCGUAGGUUACAAGCACAUCCAUUACAUAAAUGGCUCACAGGCUGUAGUACCUAUUACUGCAGGAAAAUGGGAAGUAAUCAGCAUAGAAGCUCUAACUAAUAACUUUUUAUACUACAUUAGUAAUGAAAAUGGUGGAAAGCCAGGAGGACGAAAUCUUUAUAAAGUGCUCUUGGAAAGCAGUCCAAAUUCUCCUAAAUGUGUUAGCUGUGAUCUGAAUCAAGAAAGAUGCCAGUAUUAUUCUGUGUCCUUCAGCAAAGAUGCACAGUAUUAUCAGCUAGAUUGUCAUGGUCCUGGCCUGCCCGUAUCUACUCUGCACAGAAGCAGUGAUGAUCGAGUCCUCAGAUACUUGGAAAAUAACACUCAACUGGAAAAUUCAUUGAAAGAUAUUCAGAUGCCUUCAAAAAAAAUUGGCUCCAUUAGUGUAGGUGGAUACAACCUGUGGUAUCAAAUGAUAUUGCCUCCCCAUUUCGAUUUAUCAAAGAAGUACCCUCUGCUCCUUGAUGUGUAUGCAGGACCCUGUAGUCAGAAAGUAGAUUAUUCCUUUCGGAUCAGCUGGGCUACUUACCUUGCAAGCACCGAGCAGAUCAUUGUGGCCAGCUUUGAUGGCAGGGGAAGUGGAUACCAAGGGGAUGAAAUUCUGCAUGCAAUAAACCGAAGGCUGGGAACAUAUGAAGUGGAAGAUCAGAUAGCAGCAGCCAGAACAUUUUCUGAAAUGGGCUUUGUUGAUAAGGACAGGAUAGCUAUUUGGGGUUGGUCUUAUGGGGGAUAUGUGACCUCCAUGGUGCUUGGCUCUGGAAGCGGCGUCUUCAAGUGUGGAAUAGCGGUUGCCCCUGUGUCACGUUGGCAAUAUUACGAUUCAAUAUACACGGAGCGAUACAUGGGCCUUCCUAUAGCAAGUGAUAAUCUGAAGAACUAUAAUAGUUCAACAGUAAUGGCCAGAGCUGAAAAAUUCAAGGAAGUUGAAUAUCUCCUUAUUCAUGGAACGGCAGAUGAUAAUGUUCACUUUCAGCAAGCAGCACAGAUUUCCAAAGCUCUUGUUGAUGCUGAAGUGGAUUUUCAGGCAAUGUGGUAUACUGACAAAGACCACGCCAUCGCCGGUCAAGCACAUAAGCAUAUUUAUACCCAUAUGAGCCAUUUCAUAAAGCAGUGUUUCUCACUGCCCUAGCACCAGCAUUUUGGUUGUUAGCAAUGGUACUUCUCCAGAAAACGUUCUAGCUAAUGUACACUGAGCCAGUAUAAACUUUUAUGAAUCAAGAUGAGAUAAGGAUCAGCUCUUGGUAUACCUGUGUACACAAUGAAAUGCUAAUCUUUAUAAUGAUUUCUGUUGCCAAGCAACUAUUGCAUUUUUAUUGAUUGUGUUUAAUCAAGUCUUAAAAUCACCAGAAUGUAGGUAUGUUGCAGACUUCUAGAAAGCAUGGUACUUGCUUGAAUCAGUACCUUUUGAUAUUUCAGUCUAAAAGAGAAACAGUCCAGUUUCUAUAUUAGGGUAAUGAAUGAUGAAAACGUCACAGAGGAACCAAUGUGGAGAUCAGUUGAGGAAUAAAAAUAAUAAUGUUUCCAACAAAAAAAACAGAAUGAACCCUGUGAUCGUUUCUGUGAAAAUACUGGUAAAACUUCAAGCACAUUUUGCAGAAAUUACCUAAUGCUUGAUCAAUUAUCAAUUUAGAAACAAUAUCAAUAAUUACUGCAAUGUUAAUAUUUUCUAUGCAGAAUGAAACACUUUGUUUACUGCGAUUCCUUGAGUUAGUAUUUUCUCUGCAAUCUCUUGGAUUACAGUUGUAGAAGUCUUCCAAAGAAAGCAUGUAACCAGCUUUCACCACAGAUUUUUGAAUGAUACCUAUUCAAACCAAUGGCACUGAAUUUCUUUGUUUCCUAUCAUAGUACUGUGAUUUUGGCUUACUUUACAAUCAAAAAGGCUGCUACUGUGGGAAUCUGCAUGGGUAAGAUCUUAUCUGGGAACUCUAGCAGCCUACCAUUGUUUCUCUAAGCGACAGAGAAAUUUUUAUAUUUUUUUUUUAGAAGUUUCCUGUUUACUGAUGAAUAGGAUAUAUUCCUUGCACUCAAACACAGAACAUUACAAUGCAAACUAGGAGUCACUUAAAGCAAGGGCUGGACUGUAACUCUCAUGUGAACAUGCUAUUUAGCAAACCUGCUCUUCCUUGCAGCCUACCAGUAAAUUUCUGCUUUAUCUUCAGCACUCCAGGUAGGCUUCUCCAUCUGAAGAUAAGAUUAGUUUUCUUAAUUUCACAUAGGUAGAAGAACAGAUGCAACCCACUUGUGCUACAGACUGUGCUCCUUUAAAAUAAUAAAGACAUUAAGUUAUGAAAA